GACCAAAGAAGCAUAAACAUUGUAGAAUUUGAUUGUCAGAAAACAGAACACAGCACAAAGCAGAAACAAUGCGUUUGAUGUUGAAAGUAUUUGCAGUCAUAAAAUUAGUAUUGGUGAUAGUGCACCCUAGUGCUCAUGCAUUGAGCAGAGAUGAGUUCCCUCCUGACUUUGUGUUUGGUGCAUCAAGUUCAGCUUACCAGGUUGAAGGAGCAGCAAAUGAGGAUGGCAGGAAGCCAAGCAUAUGGGAUACUUUUGCCCAUGCUGGAAAUGGGAAUAUGUAUGAAGGUGAUGGAGAUGUUGCAUGUGAUCAAUAUCACAAAUAUAAGGAAGAUGUUCAGCUCAUGGCCAACAUGGGCUUAGAGGCCUAUAGAUUUUCCAUAUCAUGGUCAAGGCUUAUUCCAGAUGGAAGAGGACAAGUGAAUCAAAAGGGGGUACAGUAUUACAACAACCUCAUCAAUGAACUCAUAAGCCAUGGAAUUCAACCACAUGUUACAUUACAUCAUUGGGACCUACCACAAACACUUGAAGAUGAAUAUGGAGGAUGGGUUAGUCGAAGAAUUGUGAGAGACUUCACAACAUAUGCGGAUGUGUGCUUUAGAGAAUUUGGUGACAGAGUUCAGUAUUGGACUACGGCGAAUGAAGCCAAUAUAUUUGCAAUGGAAGGCUAUGAUCUAGGAGAGUUUGCACCUAAUCGGUGUUCUCCCUCUGUAGCUAACUGUUCUAGAGGAAAUUCCUCAACUGAGCCAUAUUUGGUAGCACAUCAUAUGUUGUUAGCACAUGCUUCAGCUGCUAGGUUGUAUAGGAAGAAAUAUCAGGCCAUGCAGCAUGGCUUAAUUGGGUUUAAUCUUCUGCUUUUUGGUCUUCUUCCACGAACAAAUUCUACUGAAGAUGUAAGGGCCACUGAAAGGUUCCAAGAUUUCACUAUGGGGUGGUUUAUGAAUCCCUUUAUAUUUGGAGGUUACCCUGAUAUAAUGAAAAAGAAAGCUGGAUCAAGGCUUCCUUUCUUCACUCAAAAGGAAUCAAAUCUGGUCAAGGGCUCAAUUGAUUUCCUGGGAAUAAACUUUUACUACUCACUUAUUGUUAAGAACAGUCCUAGCCGCCUGCAGAAGGAGAAUAGAGAUUACAUAGCAGAUAUAUCGGUGGAAAUUGAUAGAUUUUUUCCAAAUGGCACAUCUACAGAUGAGGUUCCAAUUACUCCCAAGAUUUUCCUAGCGGCGUUAGAUUCACUAAAGAAUUCUUAUGGAGACAUUCCAAUUUACAUACACGAAAACGGCCAACAAACACCUCACAAUUCUUCAUUAGAUGACUGGCCGAGGGUGAAAUACUUGCAUGAAUACAUAGGAAGCUUGGCUGAUGGACUAAGGAGUGGAUUAAAUGUAAAAGGUUAUUUUGUAUGGUCCUUCUUGGAUGUACUCGAGUUGCUAACUGGAUAUGAAUCAAGUUUUGGCCUAUAUUACGUAGAUAUGAAUGAUCCGAGCUUAAGGAGGAUACCUAAGGUUUCUGCUGAAUGGUAUUCAAAUUUUCUGAAAAGGAAGCCUAUUGACCCAAAGAUCUCCAAGGAAAUUGAGAAAAAUGCAAAUGUGCUUUCACAAUACCUCACUGCAUAACGCUACAAAAAGUAAUCAGGACAAGUUAAAAUUCAGGACUUUCUUUUUUUUUUUUUUUCGGGGGUUGUCAACAAUUUGCAACUUUUUGGUACCACGGGAAUGAAUAAGAGAGCAUUGGUUUAUGAUGUCAAAAUCAUAUGAAACUCUUAGAUUUUGAACAAUGUAACUUCCUAUCAUACUAUAGAAACAUAGUUGUGGAGUAUUUCAUGAUUGAAAA